AUGGCUCUCGAAAAAGCAUUAAUUUCUGCCGGCAUGGAUAUUCUAUCCUCUACGGUUGGCUUAGUGGCUGGCAAAGUUUACGACCAUUUAACAAAUACACUCAAGGACGGAGAUGUAGCGAAUGAACAAUUGCGUCAAAUAAUUGUUCGAGAUUUGAACGACAUCAAGUCAAAACUCGAUUGUAUCUCGUUGAAAGAUCUCGGUGCCAGUUAUACUUUCCUAAGAGAAGGAGUAAGAGUGUUAAAUCUUGCUCUUGAUAAGUGGAAUGAAGAUCAGAAAGCGAACGAGUGUCCAGCAGACGAAGCAACAAGAGUUAUGAAGGAUACCGCAUCUGGUAUUUUGAACGCAGCCUUAUCACUUCCUCAAGCGAUUCAACGAUUAAAAAUCUCGUCCGAUAAGCGGUUCGCUGAUGCUCAAGAUCGUUUUAAAGAGUCUCGUAAGGCAGCCACACAUGCGUUCAACAACAAAUCUCUGAGCAUCAAAGAUCGAAUUAUGGCUUGCAAGUUACGUGUGCCGUGGCAGCCAGUAUUCUUGAAUCAGGUCUUGAAGACCCGGAAGUCGCAAUUUCUGCCUGCUUGUUGA